AUGGCCGACGUUGAGAUGAAACCCGUCGACAAGCCCGGGGACGACAAGCCCUCAGAGGAAGAGCAGAAACUGCCACCACCAACGCCCGUCGCCGAUAUCAAGGCGAACGUCGCCCUCAUCGAGCGCGCCGUCUCCACGCUCGAGCCGCGCUUCACGCACCGCGUCCUGCGCUCACUCACUGCGCUCCGCCACAGGCUCGACGCCCGCGUUCUCCGCACCGCUGUCGAGGAGGUCUACACCAACUCGGACUCCCUCUCUCGAGCAGCAUUGCUCGCUUGGAUCCCUGCGGCGGAGCAGUCGAUGGACAUCGACUCUACUCCCGCACCCGGAGCGAUACCCACGCCAGCAAAGGCGCAGCCAGAGCCCCUUCCGGAGUGCGAGAUCUACUUUCGCCUGUUGCUCAUCCAUUACCUACUCGCGGCGCCCAGUGGGCCCGACCCCGCAGCACUGAAGCUCGCCCACGAGACGGUGGAGAGGAUGCAGGCGCUCAACCGGCGGAGCAUGGACCCUCUCGCCGCGAAGGUGUGGUACGCGGUCGAGCGGGCGUACGAGCUCUGCGGGGAGCUCGCCGACGCCAGGACACUUUUCCUCGCAGCACAACGCACGGCGUCGCUGCGGCACGAUGACGAGACGCAGGCGUCGCUCAUCAACCGGCUGCUCCGGAGCUACCUGCACUACAGCCUGUACGACCAGGCGGACAAGCUCGUCUCGAAGACGUCUUUCCCCGCGAGCGCGGGCAACCCCCAGUUCGCGCGGUACCACUACUUCCUCGGGCGCAUCAAGGCCGUGCAGCUCAACUACACCGCCGCGCACACGAAUUUGCAGCAGGCGAUCCGGCGUGCACCCGCGCCCCGCACCGCGCCCGGGUUCUUCCAGGCUGUGCACAAGCUUUUCGUCGUCGUCGAGCUCCUCAUGGGUGACAUUCCGGAGCGCAGCCUGUUUAGGCACCCAGUGCUCGAGAAGGCGCUCAGCGCGUACUUUGACAUCGUAAAAGCGGUGCGCGCGGGCUCGCUCUCGCAGUUCCAGUCGACGCUCUCGGCGCACGCGGCGCAGUUCGAGGCGGACAAGACGUACACGCUGAUCGUGCGGCUGCGGCAGAACGUGAUCAAGACGGGCAUCCGGCGGCUCUCGCUCUCGUACUCGCGAAUCUCGCUGCGCGACAUCUGCGUGAAGCUGCACCUGGACUCGGAGGAGGACGCGGAGUACAUCGUCGGUAAGGCGAUCCGCGAUGGCGUGAUCGAGGGCCGGAUCGUGCAUGAGCGCGGGUGGAUGGAGUGCGCGGGCCGGAAGAGCGGGUACGGCCCCGAGGUGAGCGACGUGUUUGCGCGCCGCAUCGCGUACUGCUUGGAGUUGCACAACCAAAGCGUAAAGGCAAUGCGGUAUCCGCUGAACGCACAUCGAAAAGAGCUUGCUGCGGCGGAGGGAGCUCGCGAGCGGGAAAAGGAGUUGGCAAAGGAAAUACAGGAAGGAGACCUGGAUGAGGACGGACCUGACUUGGGAGAAGGCUUUUAA